UCCAAUUAACUGCUAAUCGAAUCGCAGAUUAGAUAAAUUGUUUCGCAAACAAUUAACCAGAAAAAUGUUGAAAGAUAAUUAAGCUUAUCAUCAAAUCGAAAAAAAAUCCUUCCAUCUCAAUAAAGACAAUUAACUGAUUGAAACUGUAAUUUUCACAGAGCAAGUGAUUUGUUAUUUUAAAUUAAAUUUGAUAAUCAAUUGAUUAUCGCCCAGUUGAACCUCGGUGGUCCGAGGUGCGGGCUUCAAACCCGUAGCUGAUUAGCGUCAGAGUGGUUCAAUUCCACCUACUGGGCGGUCGAAUCGUGAUUAGAAUCCGACUUAAUUAGCCUUCUUUUUGGUCCAAUUAACAUAAAUUGUAAUCUAAUGAAUGUAAUUCACAAUUGAUUGGCGAGUGAAAAUUAUCCCUUGACUCUUAUCCUGAUGAUUAGUUGAUUGUUAUUGUUGAUUUUGUUUCUCUUUCAUGUUUAUCUUUAUGUUGAUUUAGUUUUAGUUACUAAUUGAUUUUAAAUGCAAAUUUAUCAAUGAAUUGUAAUUUCUGUACCUGUUUAACUAUCGUUGGAUUUUAUUAUUGUUUAAUUGUAACUGGGCAACAAUUUAAAUUACCUUUAAGUUUAUCUUCAGUUGAAAAAUUUUAUGAUUUAUCCAAUUCGAGUUUAUAUCAAUUAAAAUCUAUUUUAAAUCAUUUUGAUGUGAUUUUUAUUGCUUUCACAUUUACAUUUGAUUCUUAUAGACAAAUGAAAUAUGAUUUAAUCAAAGUUUCUGAUAAUUUGUCGCAAUUCAAACCAAUUAUACCGAUUGCAAGGUUUGAUUGUUCAACUGAAUCCGGAUUAAAGGUUUGCUAUGAAUUCAAUAUAAUAUCUAAUCCGACUUUAGCUCUUAUCAGAUAUGGAGCAAUUUAUAAAGUGUACCAUUUAUCUCGGGAUUCAGAUACAAUGACCAAUUGGAUUAAGCAGAAAAGUCAUCUCAUCUCGACGAGAUUUUGGUCUUACAGUGAAUUAAAUCAAGUGAUUAAAAGAAAUGAUGAAAUAAUUGUAGUGGCGAUUUUCUCGGACAAUCGAGAUGAUUUAAUCGAGUUGUAUCAUGAAGCCACAAUGAGAGUGAGGGAGAAAUCUUUUCCCUCUCAAGACUUUGUCCAUAUCGUUGAAGAAACGGCCACGGGAAACAAUUGGCAACUCGAUGGACUCGGAGCAAAAUCAGGAAUUAAUUGGAAAAGUCCAUUGAUUAUCCUUCGUCGACCUAAAUGGUUAUUCACACCAUUAGAAGAGCCGAUUGUCUUGUAUCCCAUUCAAAGUAACGAGCACAUCGGUCAAUGGAUACAACGCAAGGCCUUCGGUACCAUUGGUUGGGUCACUAGGGACAAUCCAUUGGAAGAUUUCAAACCUCCGACAAUCGUUGCCUUUUAUGAUUACAACUUUUUUAAUCGACCGACAUUUUCCCACUCUUGGCGUAAUCGUAUUAUCCUGGCAUCCAGAAAAUUCACCGAAAUCAAUUUCGCCAUCGGCUCGUCAAGCCAAUACAAGAAUAUGUUAAAAAAAUAUGGAAUUAAAAUUGCACGAAGCAACGAUCCACCCGUUUUUAUGGCCUUCGAUGGGUUUGGGUCAAUUUUCGUGAUGAGAGAUGAAUUUGAUGAGCGAAAUUUAGCUCAAUGGAUUAACCAUUUUUCUUCAGGUUUAAUUGCUCCAAUAUCAGAUUCGCAAGAUCAAUUUUACGAAUUAGAAUCGAGAACUAAUUUAAUCACUGAUGUUGAUUUAACUCGAGAAAUAACUGGUAAUUCAUUUCAUAAAUUUGUCUCUCACAAUCCAAAGGAUAUUUUGAUUCGCUUUACUGAUCCAAAGUGUAAAUGGUCCCAACAAUUUGAUUACUAUUGGAAGGAAUUAGCAGCUGAAUUAUCUGGCGAAUCUAAUCUUGAGUUAAUCUCAUUGGAUGGUACAGUUAAUACAAUUCCAUCGCAAUUUAAGGUUGAACAAUUUCCGACUCUCUAUUUGAUUCCAAGUGAGACCAAGGAAAAAAUUAAAUACAAAGGAGGGAAAAGGUUACAUGAGUUGAUACAAUUUGUGGCUAAAAAUGUUAACAGUGAGUUGAUUAACUUUCAUCGAGAUGGUUCCCGACGAUUAAAGCAAAUCGAAGGUAACAAAAACAGAAUUAUGAUUAAAAUUGAUCAUUGA